AUGACAAACAGGCUGAUUGUUUUUAUAUUCAGACUGGAAAUUCAAUCUAUUUUGUCAAAUUUCUUUCGCGAGGUAAUUGUAGCAUCUCCCGAUCAGCUUAUCGAAUGUGUCUAUCUGUGUAUCAAUCGAAUUUGCCCAGAAUACGAAGGAAAAGAGCUUGGUAUUGGCGAAUCACUACUUAUCAAGGCGUUGGCUAAUGCAUCUGGACGAGACGCAAAAAGUAUCAAGGCUGAGAUUGAUCAAGUUGGCGAUCUUGGCAGUGUGGCACAGAGCAAAGGAUAUCAAAAAACUCUUUUCAAGCCAAAACCAUUGACUGUCACCUCUGUGUUCAAAACUCUUAAAGAAAUAUGUAACAUUUCUGGCCAAUCGUCUCAGCAGCGCAAGAUUAAUAUUAUUCAAAAAAUGCUGGUUUCAUGCCAGGGAUCAGAAGCCAAAUAUCUCAUCAGAUCUCUUGAAGGAAAACUUCGGAUUGGACUUGCCGAACAAACUGUGUUGACAUCACUUGCUCAUGCCUCUGCACUAAACGAAUCAACUACUAUCAAGAUGUCUACUGAAAAAAAGGCUGCACUUUUGGCCGAUGCUACUGUAAUGAUCAAAAGCGUAUAUAGUGCUAUUCCCUCGUACGAUGCGAUUAUCCCUGUACUUUUAAAGUAUGGUUUUAAAGAAUUGUCUACCCAUUGCCAUAUGACUCCAGGUAUUCCAAUGAAACCAAUGCUUGCGCACCCUACAAAAAGUUUAUCUGAAGUGCUGGAUAGAUUUGAUGGUAUGGCGUUUACUUGUGAAUACAAGUAUGAUGGAGAGCGUGCACAGAUUCACCGACUUGAGGAUGGACAAGUGAUUAUCUAUUCACGCAAUUCCGAGAAUCUUUCUGGAAAGUAUCCAGAGGUGCUGGAGCGAAUUCCCAAAGUAUGGCAUUUUUAUGACUGCAUGGAAAACAUCAAAUCAUUUGUACUGGAUUGUGAGGCCGUGGCUUGGGAUGUGCAGAAAGAGUGUAUAUUGCCAUUUCAGGUUCUGAGUACCAGAAAACGAAAGGAUGUUAAAUCAGAUGAUGUUCAAGUACAAGUCUGCAUUUUUGCAUUUGAUUUGCUGUAUCUUAACGGACAGUCUAUGAUUACAGAAACGCUAAAGCGCCGACGAGAGCUUCUUCAUGAAAAUUUCGUUGAAGUAGAUGGACAGUUUCAAUUUGCCAAGCAUAUGACAUCAAACAGUGUAGACGAGAUUCAAAUAUUUUUGGAUGACUCGAUCGUUGGAAACUGUGAAGGAUUGAUGGUCAAGACGUUAGAGAAAGAAGCAUCGUACGAACCUAGCAAGCGGUCGCGUAACUGGCUCAAGGUCAAAAAAGAUUAUGUUAAUGGACUUGGCGAUAGUUUAGAUUUGGUAGUUAUUGGCGGGUUUAUUGGUCGUGGCAAACGAACAGGAUGGUAUGGCGGAUAUCUCUUGGCGUGUUUUGACCCCGAUCGAGAAGAAUAUCAAACCAUUUGCAAAAUUGGAACUGGGUUCUCUGAAGAAGCAUUGGCUGAGCAGGCCGAGUCAUUCAAAUCUCACAUUAUUUCAAAACCAAAACCUUACUACAGAUUUGGAGAUGGACCCAACGUGCGUCCUGAUGUGUGGUUCGAGCCUACACAGGUUUGGGAGAUCAAAGCAGCUGACCUAUCUAUCUCGCCUGUGCAUCAAGCUGCAGUUGGUCUUGUUGAUCCACAAAAAGGAAUCAGUUUGCGAUUUCCAAGAUUUAUUCGGGUUAGGGAUGAUAAGAGUCCCGAACAGGCUACAUCUGCUUCACAGAUAGCGGAAAUGUACAAUGCUCAGAACAUCAAUACCAACGAAGCCAAUGACAAAAAUGAUGAUUUUAUGGAUGACGAUUUUUGA